AUGAAUAAAAUUUAAAAGAAAAUGAAUUUCGAUGCCGAUUAUUAAAAAAUAUAAGAAGAGAAGAAAAGUAGAACAGCUAUAGAAUCAGAGAUUUCUAUUGAAAAUAAACCAAAAAGAUCAAAUUUUUUGAGAUUACUUGGAUAUUCUUGGAAGCAUAAAUUAUUGCUAUUUUUAGGCAAUUUUGGAUUAUUAAUAACAUCUCUUUCAAUGGUAGCACUUCCAUACUUGACAGGGUAAGAAAAUAUUUAAUUUUAGAUAAAUGAUUGAUUCAAUAACAAAAUCAGAUGGAAAAGAGGAUCUAAAUAAUUUAACAUUUUAUUUCAUAAUAUUGACUAUAAUAUCAGCCAUCUUUACUUUUGUUAGGGCUUAUGCUUAUAAUAUUUUAGGUGAAAAAAUAACUUUUGAUUUAAGGAAUGAAUUAUUCUAAAAAUUAAUCACAAAAGAUAUUGAAUUCUAUGAUACAAAUAGAUCAGGAGAAUUAUUAUCUAGAUUAUCUUCAGAUAUAUCUGUAAUAAAUAAAGGAGCAAAUGAUUCAAUAUCAAUGAUUUUAAAAAAUGCUGUUUAAUUUGUAGGUAGUCUAAUAUUAUUGUGGUUUAUCAGUUGGAAUCUUACAUUAGUAUUAUUUUGUGUUAUUCCUCCAUUUACAAUAAUAGUUAUUUUAUUUGUAAGAUCUUAUAAAAAAUUAACUAAAGAAUACUAAUAAGCAGUAGCAGCAUCAACUUAGAUAGCAUCAGAAGUACUUGGUAAUAUGAGAAUAGUUAGAUCAUUUUCAACUGAAGAGAAAGAAAGAUCUCAAUAUAAAAAUGCAACAUCAACAGUUUAUGGAAUAGGAAAUAAAAUAGCCAUUUUAGGUAGUUAAUUUAUGUCAAUUGGAAUUCUAUUAGGAUAUGCAGUUAUUUUAGCUAUUUUAUAUUAUGGAGGAAGUUUGGUUAUUGAAGAUAAAUUAACAAUAGGAGAUUUAAGUUCAUUUGUAUUAUAUACAUUAACAAUGACAAGUAAAUAUCAAAGUUUAUAUAUAAAUUAGUAUCCAUAUUGGCUGUAAGUGGAUUUAUGAAUUAGAUAAUAUCUGCAGCUGCUGUUUCUGAAAAGAUAUUUUCAAUUAUGGAUCAUCCAGUAAAAAUAUAAAAUGGAUCACUUGAUGCUUAACAUAUAACAGGUGAAAUAACACUUAAAAAUGUUACAUUUUAAUAUCCAACGAAAUCUAAUGUGACUACUUUGAAAUCAAUUGAUUUAGAGAUUAAAAAAGGAGAAGUUGUGGCAUUAGUAGGAUAGAGUGGUAGUGGAAAAUCAACAAUAGUUUAAUUAUUAGAAAGAUUUUAUGAUUCAAAUGAAGGAUAAAUUUUAUUUGACAAUAUUGAUAUUAAAGAAUACAAUUAACAAAAGCUUCAUCAAACUAUAGGCUUUGUUGCUUAAGAACCAACAUUAUUUUCUGGAACUCUAAAAGAAAAUAUUACUUAUGGAGUUUCAACAUACACAUAAGAGGAUAUUGAUAAUGCUAUGAAAUUAGCAAAUGCUUAUGAAUUUGUUUCCAAUAAAUCAAUAUUUCCAGAUGGUCUAGAUACUAUUGUUGGAGAAAGAGGAGUUAAAUUAUCAGGUGGAUAAAAACAAAGAAUUGCUAUUGCAAGAGCUUUGAUCAAGAAUCCUAAAAUACUUAUUUUUGAUGAAGCUACAAGUGCAUUAGAUUCUGAAUCAGAAUUUUAAGUAUAGUCAGCUAUAGAUGGAUUAGUUUCAACUGGGCAAAAAACUAUUAUUAUUAUUGCUCAUAGACUAUCUACUAUUAUCAAUUCAAAUAAAAUUGUUGUUAUUCAAAAUGGAGAGAUUGUUGAAUAAGGUAGACAUCAAGACUUAAUUGAAAAAAAUGGAAUUUAUAAAUAAUUGAUUGAAAGAUAAUUAACUUGA